UCUCCUCUCCACGCUGCUUACACUGGAAGGCAUCUCUGAAGACAGAGCACGCCACUGAUGAAACAGAGAUGACCACGAGUGUGAUACCAAUCAUGUUUUAACACAUUGUAAAUAAAAACCAUGUUUUAACAAGAUUUUUAUUGGUGUCGCACAAAAUUCACGUGCCGAACAGAGCAAUGCUACCAACAGGAAUCAGAAAAGACAGGAAGAAAUAUGCCAAAACACCAUACUUGGGGUUCCUUUUCUGACUCACUAAUCUAGAGCCGUAUCCUUUCUUAAUGCUCGAGACCCGUUCAUAGAGCUGGGGAGUGGGCUGCUGCCUCCUCCACUCCAGGGUCCCUCAGAACAUCAUUCUCAGUGGGAAUUAUUUCCCAUCGACUUUCCACAUCUGCGGUCCCAUUGGCUCUGUGUCCUGAAUGCAUGACUCGCAGCUUAGGCCUCCACUGAGUCACAGGAAAAAGAAGCACAUGGACACUUAGUAACAGUCAGUCUCACCCCAGCCAAUCGGAGGAGAGAGCUGCAGUCCUGAAUAUUACAUGAUACACAUAAGGAAGAAACAUGAGUUGAGCUGAAGGAAAGAUUAGAGAAGAGACAUAAUAGAAAGGAAAAAAUGCAUUCUAUCUAAUUUUGCAGGAAACAUGGUUAUCAUGAUCUGAUUGAAUAAUUAUUUACCUGUUAGAUAAACAAUAACAAGGAAGAAGCUGUCCCAACACGGUAUAAAAGGGGACUUGAGCAAGGAAAUUCAGGAAACUCACUCUCCUGGAAACUCACCCAGAACCUCCACCCUCUGACACCAUGGUCAAUUCUUGUGGCUCCGUCUGCUCUGACCAGGGCUGUGGUCAAGGCUGCUGCCAGGAGACCUGCUGCUGCCCUCCCACCUGCUGUCAGACCACCUGCUGCAGGACCACCUGCUGCCGCCCCAGCUGCUGUGGCUCCAGCUGCUGUGGCUCCAGCUGCUGCAGGCCUGCCUGUUGCAUCUCUAGCUGCUGCCGCCCCAGCUGCUGCCAGACUCCCUGCUGCCGCCCCAGCUGCUGUGUGUCUAGCUGCUGCCGCCCCAGCUGCUGUGGUUCCAGCUGUUGCAGGCCCAGCUGCUGUGAGACCUGCUGCCGCCCCAGCUGCUGCCAGACCACCUGCUGCCGCCCCACCUGCUGUGUGUCCAGCUGCUGCCGCCCCUCUUGCUGUGGCUCCAGCUGCUGCAGGCCUACCUGUUGCACCUCUAGCUGCUGCCGCCCCACCUGCUGUGUGUCCAGCUGCUGCCGCCCUUCUUGCUGUGGCUCCAGCUGCUGUGGCUCCAGCUGCUGCCGCCCUACCUGCUGCAUUUCUAGCUGCUGCCGCCCCUCUUGCUGUGGCUCCAGCUGCUGUGGCUCCAGCUGCUGCCGCCCCACCUGCUGUGUGUCCAGCUGCUGCCGCCCCUCUUGCUGUGGCUCCAGCUGCUGUGGCUCCAGCUGCUGCAGGCCUGCCUGUUGCAUCUCUAGCUGCUGCCGCCCCAGCUGCUGCCAGACUCCCUGCUGCCGCCCCACCUGCUGUGUGUCUAGCUGCUGCCGCCCCUCUUGCUGUGGCUCCAGCUGCUGCAGGCCCACCUGCUGCAUCUCUAGCUGCUGCCGCCCCAGCUGCUGCCAGACCACCUGUUGCCGCCCAGUCUGUUCUAGCAGUUCCUGCUGCUGAGUGCCCUGACCUGCACCCACCUGGUUUUCGUCAACCCAUCUUCUUAAUGUCAUCCAGCUGAAAUGAGUCAUGAGAGGCCAAUUGUAAAACCUCAGGUCUGACUGAUUCUUAAGCUGAUUUUGGCUUCUAAAUAUACUGCCCCCCCCCCACCAUGUUACUCUCUCUCCCAAAUGAACACAAAGUUUGAAUUUUCUCCGAAAUCUUUCAACCAAUAUAUCAUCCCCAUUGCUAUAUUUCUUCCCUGCCAGAUUUUCUCAUGUGAACCCAAUCCUAAAUCUUAAAUAAAUCUUAAUUUUCGAAGCAUACAAGAGCCUUGUGUCUGAUGGUUAUUCCUUCUGGGCUCAUCAUCCUCAGCUGUCCGUUGUUCCACUGCUCUCUGCAGAGAGGAGACUGCAGUAGGUGAUGUCAGGGUUUCUAAGUGUACUCCCUCAUCGUCCUUAUUUAUAAUAAUGAGAUGGCUUCUUACUCCCGGAAUUCUCUGCCUGAGCCCUUCCUCUGGAUGAGGGCACCAGCUCUGUGCCGGCCAGGGAGUUCA